GGUGGAUAUGUGGAAAAAGAAACGGAGGAGGUGAACUCAACAGCUCUGCUAGAACUUCUCUGGCCGAAUCUGAUGGAGAUCAAUUCGAACGUUGGGACUAUGCGCACAAGAUUCUAAUAGCCCCUGGUGAGUUACUAACAAAAUGGAUACAUGAUAGCUAGUCGGUAACUGCCGAAACUGUCUUUAAAGCAGCACGCACUUUGAUACAAAGUACAGGAGUUUUACUAGCUCUCAGCGGUCAGUCAGCUGGCAAGGAAGGGGUUAAGUUAUCUAUAUAGUUUUGUGUGUGUGUCUGUCACUGAUUCCAACCUUUGAGAACUUUGUGCAAUAAGGGGGAGUCCUUGGGUUAGCUUGUAUUGAGAGACUCUGUACAACAAAGCAUUGUUCUCCGUGGAAGGUUUUUAUGAAGGAGGGGGAGGCCAGUUAUAACUUGAAAUCGCUCUAAAAGUGCUGGAGACGUGUAUGGGCAUUUCUCUGAAUAAAUCUAGCUUUCUCACAGUGGAAUGAGGUCUUAUUUGUCUUGAGAAGUGUUCAGAAUGUGCUGUCCAACAGUUAUGUUCAGAACCCAUUUGUGAAGUGCCAGAUGUAAUCCUGUCCUAUCACAGAUGGGAGACCAGCAUUUAACUCAUCGGGUGCCAAAAUGAGCACACAGUGUAUGUAUGUGUGUAUGGGGGAACGUGUAUGCAAGUGGUUGGCACUGAUAUGGUUAAAGUAGUUGAAUUUCUGCAAAAGCUGACUUUUCAGUGCCAUUAAUGCAGUUGUCUGCUGUAACCCUCUUGGGGCAGCUCAGCAUCAUCUCACUGUUUUUUUUCCUGAGAACUAAAUAACUUUUUUUCCCCCUUUCCCUCCUUUGAUUUAUUGUUAUUGAGAGGCAAUCGCUGAGAUGUAGUGCUUGUAGACAGAAAGGUGACAUUUUGAAGUAAUGCUUCUGCCUACAGUAAUCAAAGCUGCGAAAAUCCUCUCUAGAUGGGAAUAGGCUGUGCUGUUGUUUAAAGGAAGUUCUGUUCCUGAUUGAUAGGUGACAUCAGACAGGUAGUGACUUCACAUUCAAUGAGUUGAUGGUCACAUUGCCACUUUUCCCUAGAGGUGCCCAUACAGCAUGCUUCCUGCAGGGCAGGCUGAAUUCCCAUAAGCUUCAUUUUUUUUAUUUAUUUAGGUAAGCUAUGGUUUCCUUGCACACAGACACCAGUGACCUUCCCAAGAGGGUAGGGACAGCAGGAUGAUAAAUAGUACAACGUUUCCAAUCUCUUGCUGCUAGGCCACCAUUUUAUUCCCCUGUCCCUGAUUUAUGAGCCAGUAAUUGUGAGAUUAGUGCAGUCUGACUGCAGGGCACAUGAUUUUUUUUUCCUCCUGACUGUAGAUGUAGCUCACACAGAGGCCACACCUGUGUAUACACAAAAUGUCCAUGGGAAAAUUGCUGGGGCAGAACUGCUAAAGCAGUGAGAGAGAUCUCGAGAACUGUGCACACAUGCAUGGCUGUUUAGUAUACUCUGCACUGUACAGAGUUAAAUUGCAAAACGGAGGCAAAAAUUGCUGAUCUUGAAUAUUUCUCUUACUCCUCUUUAGUCACAGCUAGGCUCUUUAUUUUGCCUCGGUUACGUAAUUCAGAUUUUAGUUUGGUAUAAUUCCCAGUUUAGUAAAUAACACUGGUUUAUUCAAAAGAGAGUGUAUUGAAAACAGAAAUUGUGAAAAAUAGCAAUGCUAUUCUCUAAACUGCAAUCUUUAGGCAAAGUAAAAUGGAAUUACAAAAAAAUUCACAAGUCUGUUAUGUGUCUAGCUCUGCUUAUUUUAAUCUUAAAUUUACAAUUUAGAAUAGGAUAAAACAGGUAAGAACUGACUUGGCUCAAAAUAGAUCAUUUGAAACCAUUCCUUGAUUUAUCUCAUUUUCAAAUCUGUAAUAUUUUUAUGCUUUGGUUCUUAUUCACCGUUCGUAGUUGCAUACAUAGCUGAAAAGAGACCUGCAUUCAUCAGGUUCUGCCUUCCUCACAGUUAACUGUUUAGUGGAUAAACCCGAUUGGAUAUCCUGAGGUUUAAAUAAAUGUAUGUCAAAGACAAUUGUUACUUUUUAACUUAAUGCUAAUAAUAUAUAAAUAUACUGUAAAUAUCUGUGCCCCCGCAUAGCACACAAUCUAUCGAGUAUGUUAUAAAGAGACAAAAUAAUUACACAUUUUUAUACAAGGAUGAUAAGCAGGUUAGAGUUGCAGAUUUUAUUACAGAUUUGACCAUUUUGGCCUAAAAUUGGGAUUUGCCUUGCUAUUUCAUUACAUUUGACAAUUUAGUGAAUAUACCUCUAAUUGUUUUAUCUAUAUAUUAUGAUUGAGAUAUAUAUUCAAAAUUACACACGCACAUACAGAUAUAUACAAUUAAUAAGGCAGUGGCAAAUUUUGGUUACAAUAAACAAACUGGAAGUGUGCUCUAAGUUGUCAAGUUCCACACAUCUGAUAUUCUAUCCUAAAAAAUGGCCCUAAUUGAUUCGCUACAGUUCUCAGUUUAGUGAAUCUGAGUCAUAAAAAAGACACAUUGGCAAUUACAUAACACCACCAGAAAAACUGAAUUGAGUUUUCUCUGUGUUUGAAGCAUGUCCUAAAAAGAUAUUUGAUUAUCUUCUAUGGAAAUAUAAUUUCUCAUUCGGUGUACACAUACCUAGGAUAGCGAGAUCCACCCUGUUUUCCUGAAUUCCCCAAUUUUGCAAGCUGAUAGACAGGAAAAUAAAAGUUCUGCCUUGCAGUAUGUAGCAUUCAAAUGCUGCAGGAGCAAUAUCAAUAUCACCCCCUAACAGUCUGGGAUUUAGGGUUUAUCCAGUUGUGUCUAAGGUGUUUUUAUAAAAAAAAAAAACACCUUAGACACAAUAGGGCAAUCCCUAAAUCCUGGACUGGUAGGUAGGGGGUACUUGAGGACUGGGUGGGGAACCCCUGGUGUAGCACAUUAGGGCAUUACUGAAAAAGUCAUGAAUUAUUUUAAAAGUUUAUACUAGGUAUAUUUGUUUGUAUAUUUGAAUAGAUGAUAAACAUUUAUAGGAGUACUUGACUAGAAGGAAUUAUCUUGUAGUGAUUGGAAAAGGGUUAAUAAACAUUGACAUAUAAACACGGGUUUGUUUGUUUGAUUGAUAUGAAACUGGAAUGGAAAAAAUGAGAUAAGGCGUCUCUUUGGUGCUUUUUAAUAAGGGGUCACUGUAUGAAUUGUUUGGGGUUUUCUUUCCCUGUAUUCCUGGCAAUGGUUUCGGAGUGAUAUAGAGUAUUCUAGGCGUAUGCUUGUCUCAGAGGUCUAUAAUCUUCCAGCAGCCACAUGGCUCCCAGGGCCCCUUUUUGAAAGCGUGGAUUUCGCUUUGCUGUGCCAAGAGAAAAAUAGUUUUGCGAGCAGCUCCUGCCCUGGUCCUCCACCCCUCCCUACACACACAGGGAGGCGGCAGCAGGAGUGUGAUGUGGCUGUCCCAGAAAUUGGGGGAGGGGAAGGGGAGAGAGUGAAUUUAGACUGUUUUGGGAAGAUAGAAGGAUGCAAGACCACCAUGCAAGACACAUUCCCAAUACUAUUCCAAGAUUUCUCCCUAAAGCAGUGAUAUACCAAAAACCAGAGUUUUUAAAAGAUUUAUUAUGGCUCACCACAAACUUUCCAGGCUGAGUAAAUCAAUUGAACUUUGUUUCAGACAUAACAAUGUGUCUGCCUGUUACUGUCAUAGGGAUUCUCUAGUAUUGGGAUCCCUAUAACUAAUUGCUGAGUGUUGGUGGAUUCCUGUGGGACAUGUGAUGUUUAAAGUUAUAGAGCCUGCACUAGGACACAGAGAAGGGAGGGGGCGCCUGUAGGGUGUAGUAAAUGGUCAGGUUUGCAGAGCUGUGCAGUGGGGGUUGCUGGCUCUGAUCCCAGUGGAUGGGGGCUGGGAAUAGUGCUUUAGAAGGGGAGUGUGCUGAGAAAGCAUGGGAGGCUCUUUUAGGGUAGUUUGAAGAAAGGAAAACUUUUAUUACCUAUGCAUAGCUCCUAACAAAGAAAUCUAAAUCCUUGUUACUCGAUCUGUGCUGUAUUGGGCCUCCCUGAACAAUGGAAAGGGAUAGAUGCCUAAUUGCAACAUUAACCUUUUCAGUACAGAGAACGAUGGCUUUACUAAAAAACAAAAGGCUAAGCUGUUGAAAGGGUCAAUCUCCAUGCUUUCUUAAAGAACCCAAAGCACUUUAUUUAGAUUGACUCUGCUCCGGCACUAAGACAAAGAAAAUGUGUACUACAGGUCUAGCUACUGUAUGAGCCCCAGGGUAGCACAAAAUUCAGGAUGAAUCUUUCAUUGCCCAAUAUGGGCUCAAAAAAUAAAGUAAUACAAAUGACCAUUAUUUUUUGAAGAUUGUAUAUAAUGCAAAUUAUUUUUUCCCAUACCCAUGACAGUACUAUGCAGUCAAGUAUGAUAAUGUUUCUCUCUAAGCCUUCAAGAGCCCAAAUGUUGUUAGAGUUUAUGAUUUUAGUAGUUAACAUGUAACCAAACAUGGCAUCCAGAACACAACGCGAUGGGGUUUACUCACUAAACAUGCAACUGUAGUAAAAUGAAAACCAAAAUUCAAAAUUUAAACUAACAUAGUCACACCAUGGCUAUAGCUCAAUUUCAGAAUGUUUUCAUAUCUGCUGUUUUUGUCUUAAUGUUGCGGUUCAUAUUUCAUUUUGAUAACAUUUGCAGUUUAGCGAAUAACCCCCAAAAUGUAAUUUAUUCUGAAAAAUUAUAUUCAGUAAACUAGGAGUUUUGAGAGAAAAAAAAAAAGAGAAAUUGAAUAAAUAUUUGAGUGGGAGAGGGCUUCCAGUUUGGCUGUUUUCUUCCUAAAAUGCUAAUUUCUUUUCUGCUCCUGGUUUUAUAAAUAACCACCUGGAUUUCAACAUGCAGGACUGUAGGAGUUGGUGAUCAGCACUGUAAGGAAUAGAACUUUCCAGUCUACAAUGAAUUUAAAAAUGAGUAUAUACUUUUUUGGCAGGGGGGAUGGGGGGAUCUGUAUGGUUGUAAUACACUUUUUUUUUUCUGUGUGCCCAAAUAAGGGAAAGCUACUUCUAUACUAGAGAACUAGUAGUUUUCUUGUUGCUAGGAUAACAAAUAAUUGAUCGCUUACCCUGAGCUGUGCUUUUAUUGAUCUGUUUAUACAUAUAGCAACUUCUUUUUAUUGUUUUUGUUUGUUUUGAAAUAAGUAAACAUGGGUAAAAAAAGCCUGCAGCAGCCAGCAGGGAAAAAGAUGAUUUAAAAAUUAGUAAAAUUUUUUACUAAUAUUGGCGUUCUGUAUAUUUGUUAACCAUUAAAACACACAAACACAUUUUAAAAUUUUAGAACAGACAUUCCAUUUGCAAGGGGGUUGCUUAAGGGGUAUGUUGGGGGGUACAUAAGAGGAUUUAAUUAGCUGACUGCUGGUAGAAUAAUAAACUAAUGAAAAUACCAUGCAGAACUCUUAUGAAUUUCUGUGUAUGUUUCAGUGAAUAAAAAGCUCUCAGCUAUAAAAUGUUAUAACUAAAAUCGACUUUAACAAGGUUAACAAGACAUUCGCAAUAGAAGAUAUCUCAGUGUGAAAGUUAUAUUAAUUAUAUAAACAGAAUUGAAUCAAUAAUGUAAAAGAAUAGGUCUACUUAUUAGAUGAAGCUUUUUUUAAUUUGUUUUAUUGUUGGACAACCAACUUUGUUAAAUUUAGCCAAGAAGCAGAGUUUUAGAAAUUCUACCAAUAUGGAUCGGUUAUAUUUUUUUAGUUUUAGCUUAACUAAAUUGCAUUAAAUGUUGAAAAUCCAUUGUAAUUUCUAGCUGUACACAUAAACAUUUUAAAUUGGGAGGUAUGUGUGAAAAGGGGCAUUAUUGGGGUAGUGUAUGAGUUUACCUACUAGUAGUAGGUGCCAAAUGGUUAUACAGUUUGUUUGUGAGCUGUACAUGUAGAGUGUGUGCGUCCAGGUGCCUCAAACAAACGUAGGUAUAUAUAAUCUGGUUUAGCUAUUUCUUUGGACCUUUCACAAACCUUAAUAUUUACUGUAUGUACGAUACACACAAACAUACAUACAGUAAAUAUUACCCAGGGUUCAAUAUUUCAGCUAGCCACUGGCAAGUGGAAAUUCAUCAUUUUGAUUUGACCCAAGAGAUGGAGCCUGGGUACAAAUAAUACAGUGGCCUUUUUGAAAAUUCUAGUUGUUAUGUGGUAUACAGAUUAUUCUCAACCUACAUUUUUUUUUUAAAUCCAAUUCUACUGGUUUGGCCUAAAGACUGAAAAAAUACCACUCUAAGUUACUAACUGUUCAAUCUUUAAUAAAUACUUCUAUUAAUCUUGCCAUGCAUGUGUUGUACCUAUGUAUCUAUAGAUUUCUAGACAUAAUUACAAUAAUAAAAACAAUCAGAAGUUGAAUUCCAGACUUGCCACAACAGGUAGCCCCAAAGUCUCCCACGUGCCAGCCACCUCCUCUGCAUUCUUUUCUGAAUUGUUCCAGAAUACAUGGAUAAAAUUAGAGAGGAUGCAGGGUGAGAGUGCAGGUGUGUUCAGGAUUUAUUUUGUUUGCUCACCUGUGCAGAUACCGAAUGUAGGAGAGAAUAUGUGCAUUUGUACUCUAUAUGUAAAUCCAUUGCUAGCUAUUAACUAACACUUUUCCAACAAUGACCUUUAUUUGUAAGAAUCUUCUCAGUAACAGAAAGCCUGUAACGGAACAUGGGAAAUCAGUAGCCUCAGUUUUGACAGAAAAUGUGUGAAGCACACUUCUCUAAAUGCAAUAGGAAGUUAUUAAAGUCUACACAGGAAGCUUGGAACAUACUAUUGUCUUCUUAGAUGAAACUGAUGUGUACACUGCAUUCAUUUUAGUUGACUUCUAAAGCAAAAUGAGUUAUACCAGUGAUAUUAUAUCAACCCUGAUACUCAGGGCUUUCUGUUCAUAUUAUUGUAGGUUUAACAUAUAUAUUUAAUUUAGAUAAAAUAGAAAUAUUUCUAUUAUUUAUAUGUUCAAACAUGUAUUGAGGUAAAAAUGCAAAAAAAGUAUUCCAAAUUAGUAUGUAGGAACUUUUAUCUGUGGAAAAGGACAGAUUUUUAUUUGAUACCACGGAAAAUGUGUUGCACAGAAAACUGUAUUUGCUAAUUUUUGCCUAGAAUAGACCAGCAUGGAAAAUAGAUUACCUGAUUUAUUUUUAUUUAUUUUAUUUUUCAUUUAGAAAAUUCUAUUUUCAUUCAAAGGAAGACUAUAGGGUCAGGAACACAAACAUGUAUCCCUGACCCUCUAGUGUUAAACAUCCUAUUUAGCUUCCUUGUUCACUCUUGCCUCCCAUAAAUAUAGUAAAAACAUACAUUAUUUCCAGUGCCGGGCGGGUCAACUGGUGCUGGUUCCGUCCCAGAUUCGCCUCCUUGGCUGAUAUUAUCAGAAGAGGAGGGAUGAAACCAAACAGCACCCUUGCCAAUCAGCAUUGACUCAAUGCAGCUCUAUAAGGAAAAUUCAGUUUCUCCAUGCAGAGGGUGGAGACGCUGAACGUUGGUGCUGCACAUUGUGCAACAGUGCCCCAGGAAGCACCUUUAGUGGCAGUCUAGGUGUUCCUAGGGAGCAAUGAAAACCUUUGGUUCAAAACAAAAAGUAUGCAGGGACAGUCUAUAGACACCAGAACAAUUACAUUAAGCUGUAGUUGUUCUGAUGACUAUAGUGUCCUUUUAACUUGGGUCUGUUUGCUUUCUGAAGUCCCAGGGGAAGUGAUACAUUGUGAGCCAAUUCCAAUCUUUUACUGUGCAUUUAGAAAACACUAGAACACUGUGCACUAGAUAUCAUGUUUCAUUUUCACAACCCUAUGUGAAGAAGUUAUGAACCCUCUGUGUGCUAGUAAUGUUGUGUGAUGGAUUGCUCACACUACCAUCAAACAGAUUUAAUGCUAGUAGCAGCAAUAGUAGUGUGUUUAUAAAUAAAUUGUAGUUGAAUAUACUCUGCAUUGGCAUCACCUCUAGCACUCUGCUUGUUUUUCACAACAGUUCUUUAGAAAGAGAAAUCUCUACCCAGGAGAUCUCAAAUAUGAACACACUUGUAUAUUUGAUGGAUUUUAUUGUAUUAUUAAACAAGCCAAUGUCCUGGAUUUACUUUCAAUUUACUUUCGUCUCUGUACAAGCCAUAUACUUUUACAUACUAUGCGGUGUGUGUGUGUGUGCCGUGACACACACUCACACACACACACACACACACACACACACACAAAUAUGUGUGUGUGUAUAUAUAUAUAUAUAUAUAAAGUGGAAAAUGCAGGCUGCACUCACGGAAUUUUGAAUUCAAUAGUGUUUAUUUCAUCAAACAAGUAGAAAAAAAUCAAUGUUUUGGUCCGCACAGGGAUCUUCCUUAGGAUCAAGUGAUAAAUGGCCCCAUGUUGAAAUGCUUGAUUUUUCCCUGCAAAUACCCGAAAGCCGGGUCAUUCGGUACUUUCCCUAUGUGAGCAGUGUUACCCUAGAUAGCUAUGCCAUGGAGCCCAUUCGUAUAAUGAAAGACUAUGUGAAAGACUUUGGCUCCAUGGCAAUUGAACUGUAUGUAUGUGAUCUGAGCACCAUUCAGUAUUAAUGUGCGCUCAGAUCUAAGCUAUCUGGGGAUAUGUUGAAUGUACCUAUUUUAUGUAAUAGCUGCACAGUUAUAUAUUUUUAUGUAGUUUAUUGUAUUUUGCUACCAUGUGGCUAAUGGAGUUUUGUCUCUGUCCUUGGAGAUAAUUGGAUUACUUCCCAAUUAUCUCCAGGAUAGAAGACUCUGUGGAACUGAUUUUCAGCAGAAAAGCCAUGCUUCAUUUGGUCACAAAGGACUUUGAUCUCACUUUUGACCCACUGGACCAAUUUGUAUGUUUUUGACUUAGGUUUGUUUUUGGAGUAUGCGGAUUCUGAAAAUGUUUUAUAUGAAUGUGAUGCAUACUUUUAAAGUUAUGAAUAUUGUGUAAAACUGUGUAUUUUCCUGCCUGUGAUAAUUAUAUUAACCCAUUGUGUAAGGUAAUUGUUUCACAGGCAGAGGGGAGGAUAUUGUGUGGGAGUGUCUAAGUGUAUUGUACGUGUUUAUUGGUUGUUUUACAAAUCCCUGUGGGUGGUACUAAUGUGUAAGAAUGUGUAUAUAAGAACAAUAAACCCACAGCUCUGUCAGUUCUACUUCACCCUCAAUUUGGAGUGCCAUCUCUUAUUGGUGGAAUCUGCUACAAUGGAUUACUAUUUUCGGCAUACUCUCUUGCUAUAUUCACUGCUAAGCUCUUGUAAGAGCUUGUUCCUGUUUUGCUCUCUGGAGGAGUCUACGGUGGUUAUGCAGUGCUUGGAGUCCUCAGGAAGCGCUUGGAGCAUCCUUCAACGGAGGUACCCAGUCGGGGUGCCAGGUGAUCCGUUACACACAGUUUGUUUGUUGUUUUAUGCUAAUGUGUUAUGUUCCCAAUUCAUGGGAAUUGUGAUAGAAAAGUGAGGUUGGGAUUGAAAAAGUGAAAUCUGACUUUUCUCAGGUUUUCUGUUCUUCUUGUAUUCCUAAGAAUAGUUUGCAGAAGCAAGUGAAUUCCUUGACCUAGUUUAUGUGAAGAAUUAUGAAGGUUAUUCCAGUUUCCUUACAUCAGGAUUUCUAAAGUUUGUAAUCACAAUCUUAAUUUACAAAUAUCCCACCGGAGGAAUGUGCAUCUAAAUAAUUGACUAAGCAAGUGAUUAUUCUAGGUAUACAGACAGAGACUCUGUUAAUCCUUUGAGCUGCAUUCUUUCAAAUACUGUAUAUACUCGAGUAUAAGAUGAGUUUUUCGGCACAAUUUUUGUGCUGAAAACCCCCCACUUAUCUUAUUCUCGAGUGAGUGUCUGUAUUAUUGCAACUUACAUUGCCAUAAUACAGACCAGGAUCACCGGGUUCAUUACAAGCCUGGCGGUCCUGUUGGGGGCUGGCAGGAAGCGUUUACUUACCUUUCCUGCAGCUCCUGUCAACUCCCUUCUCUCUCCUCCGGUCCGGUCAGCUCCCUUCUCCUCCACUGUAAGUCUCGCAAGAGCCGCGGGGUCAGAGCGUUGCCACGGGUUAUCAUGGCAACACUCCGCGCAGCAGUCACACCGCGGACCGGAGGAGAGAGAAGGGAGCUGACAGGCUGACAGGAGCUGCAGGAAAGGUAAUUAAACGCUUCCUGCCAGCCCCCCUCCUACACAGCCAAUGCCACUGGACCACCAGGGAAUGAGAGCCCCCAUGUAUCAAGCUUGGAGGGGGGACAAAAAUAAAUAUAAAUAAAAAUUUAAAUAAUAUAAUAAAAAUAUUAAUAAUAUUAAAAUAAAAAUAAUAAUAUAAAAAAAUAAUAAUAUUAAAAUAAUAAUUAAAAAAAAUAAUAAAAAUUUCCAGCCCCCACCAAGGUUACACACACUGCAUUCAUACACACACUGCAUUCAUUAUAUACACAAAAUAAAUAUUCAAUUAAUGUAAUUUUUUGGGGUUCUAAUUCUAUUUAGAAAUUUACAAGUAGCUGCUGCAUUUCUCACCCUAGUCUUAUACUCGAGUCAAUAAGUUUUCCCAGUUUUUUGGGGUAAAUUUAGGGGUCUCGACUUAUAUUUGGGUCGACUUAUACUCGAGUAUAUACGGUACAUUUUUUGAAAGAGCGGUCAAAGAGGCAAGAUGCCUUAAAAAAAAUUAAAAUUAAGCUAUGGUUCAAACUUUGGCAAUCUUUCACUUUCUCCAUAAAAAAAAAAAAAAAGGCUGGUGUGAUAGGCUGAAACAACACAUCCAAACCCAUAGCUUGAUUCACAUCUUAUUAUAAUCAGUUACCCAAUUUAGUUCUAUUACUGGAACACAUCCACAAACGAUUCUGCUUUGCUGUUUCUCCUGUGAAGCUCAUUCACAGUAUCCAAAUAACAGACGGCAGUUAUUUAGUGACUGUUCAUGCUGUACACAGCAACUCUUUUGUUUUCCCUUUACAUAUACACGCUUUGGGCAAUUUGUUCCACUGGUACAGAGUUUUGCAGAAACCAGUACAUUUCUGUUCUGCGUGCAAAAUAUUAUAAUGUAACAAAACACUUUUUUUUUUGUUACGUCUCCAAUAUGAAGCAGUUACAUAAGUUCCUUUAUCCACGUUAUUACUAUGUUUACUUGUCGGGAAAUCGGUAAUGGUGCAAAUUAAUGGCAACCUAUUCUCUGCAAGUAUUUAAAUCUGCUGGUUUGCAGUAAUGCGCUUCAAAGUACAUAAAGACAUAGAGUCCUCCCGUUUGUAUAAAAAUAGUAUGGAAACCUUUCUUUAAGGGCACUGUAGCUAAGGGGUAAGUAACCUUUGCAUUCUGAAUAUUUUUGGAUAGCAACUUCAUUCAUCUUCUGUCAGCAACUGGUUGACAUGCAAGUUUCCUAUUCUAGUUGUAGAUGAUGCUAAUCAAGUUUUUCACAGCUGCAGUUCAGUGCAGUUAUAGAUAACCUCCUGACAUUGCAAACUAUAUAUCCCAUGAUGCUCACUGGCCACUUGGCAAAUAUAGUCUAAUAUAGUUUCUGCACUGAAGGUUAACGAUCACUGGUGUACUACAAAAUAUCUGUAUAGAAAAUAUGACUUUUGAUCCAAUAACAUUUUACACUAAAAAUCAUAUGACUUAAACCAUCCCUGAUUCAUUUUUUUUGUUGUUGUCAUGAAUAUAGAAAACUAGACCUUUUUUGUCAAAAUGUAAUUUACAACAAUGUAUCUUAUUUACACAUAUAUUUUUUUUUGUAGGCUAAAGACACAUUACAAUAAAGGAACAUGAUAGGGCCAGGAACACUAACAUGUAUUCCUGACCAUGUAAUGUUUAAAGGACCACUAUAGACACCCAGACCACUUCAGCUUAAUGAAGUGGUCUGGGUGUCAGGUUCAUCUAGGAUUAACCCUGCCUGCUGUAAACAUAGCAUUUUCAGCGAAAUUGCUAUGUUUACAUUAGGGUUAAUCCAGCCUCUAGUGGCUGUCUCAUUGACAGCCACUAGAGGCGCUUCCACGCUUCUCACUGUGACUUUCACAGUGAGAAGACGCCAGCGUUCAUAGGAAAGCAUUAAAAAUGCUUUUCUAUGGACUGACUGAAUGCAGGCACAGCUCUUGCCGCGCAUGGGCAUUCAGCCGAUGCCGUCCAAAGGAGGAGGAGAGUCCCCAGCAUCGAGGGAGCCCGGCGCUGGAGAAAGUUAGGAAUUUAACCCCUUCCUCCAACUUCAGCAUGGUGGGAGGGGGGACACAUGAGGGUGGGGGCACCCUCAGGGCACUGUAGUGCCAGGAAAAGCCACCAUCUAGCACCACCCUCCCUUCUCCCCUAAAUAUAAUAAAAUCUUACUUUUAUUUCAAUCUGCUGCUGCUGGCUCUGCCCCUGAUCUGCCUGCUUGGCAGACAUCAUAAGAAGGUAUGAUCUGAGCCAAUCACAAUGCUUUCCCAUUGGAAAGCAUUGGAUUGGCUGAUAUUGUCAAUAAAGCUAGUACACUCCAAACACAGCCCUGGCCAAUCUGCAUCAAUCAAUGCAUCUCUAUGAGUAAAGUUCAGUGUCUCCAUGCAGAGGGUGGAGACACUGUCAGUGCAGGAUGCAACUCUAGUAGCCAUCUGGGGAGAAGCCAGUAGAAGUAGGCUGUAAUGUAAACACUGCAUUGUCUCUUUAACCCCUUAAGGACUGAGCCAAAUGUACACGUUGUGAACAAAACAAAACGUAAACAAAACCUGGCAUUUGCGCUAUAUAUCUGUUCAACCGUAAUUCACCUCUUUCAUAUUAAAUGCACCCACCCUUAUUAUAUAUAAUUUUAUUCAGGGGAAACAGGGCUUUCAUUUAAUAGCAAAUAUUUAGCUAUGAAACAUAAUUUAAUAUGAAAAAAAUGGGAGAAAAUAAGAAAUGUUAUUUUUUUUAGUUCUACAUGACAUUUUAACUGUCAAUGUCAUAAUACUGUUUGCUUUUACUGCAAUAAAAUACACAUAUUUGUAUUCAGCAAAGUCUCAUGUGUAAAACAGUACCCCCUAUGUACAGGUUUUAUGGUGUUUUGGGAAGUUACAGGGUCAAAUAUAGCACAUUACAUUUGAAAUUGGCAUUUGCCAGAUUGGUUACGUUGCCUUUGAGACUGUAUAGUAGCCCGGGAAUGAAAUUUACACCCAUAAUGGCAUACCAUUUGCAAUAGUAGACAACCCAAGGUAUUGCAAAUGGGGUAUGUCCAGUCUUUUUUAGUAGCCAUUUGGUCACAAACACUGGCCAAAGUUAACAUUAGUAUUUGUUUGUGUGAAAAAUGCAAAAACCACCAAUUUUGGCCAGUGUUUGUGACUAAGUGGCUACUAAAAAAGACUGGACAUACCCCAUUUGCAAUACCUUGGGUUGUCUACUAUUGCAAAUGGUAUGCCAUCAUAGGGGUAAUUUUCAUUGGGCUACCAUAGGGUCUCAAAGGCAACGUAACCAAUCUGGCGAAUUUUAAUGUGAAAAAAAUGAAACACAAGCCUUAUAUUUGAUGCUGUAACUUUUGAAAACACCAUAAAACCUGUACAUGAGGGGUACUGUUGUACUCGGGAGACUUCGCUGAACACAAAUAUUUGUGUUUUAAAACAGUAAAAAGUAUCACAGCAAUAAUAUCGUCCGUGUAAGUGCUGUUUGUGUGUGAAAAAUGCAAAAAACUUCACUUUUACUGGUGAUGUCAUCGUUGUAAUACAUUUUACUGUUUUGAAACACACGUAUAUAAUUAUGUAUAUAGAUAUAUAUAUUAUUUCGUUCUACAUGUAUUUUGAUAUAAAUAUAUAUUAAUAUCACAAUACAGUUAGAACGAAAUAACACACAUCUAUAUAUUUUUUAAUUAUUUAUUUAUUUUAUUUUAUUUUUUAACGUAUUUAAAUUUUUUUUAUAUAUUUUAUAAAUAUAUAUAUAAAACAAUAAAUAAAUAUAUAUAUAUAUAUAUAUAUAUAUAUAUAUAUAUAUAUUGUAAAAUACACCUAGACAGUGUAUGUGUGUGUUUGUGUGUAUGUGUGUGUGUGUGUGUAUAUAUAUAUAUAUAUAUAUAUAUAUAUAUAUAUAUAUAUAAUCUAAGUAUAUUAUUUUUUUUUACACUGAUUUUAAUUUAAUUUAAUUUAAUUUAAUUUUAUUUUAUUUCCAGCCAGAAGGGGGACUGUCAUUACAGGCAGCCAGCUAACCCGGCCAUGUGAUUGUGAGGUCCUUGCAAGGAACUCACUCUUACAUGGUCUUGGGGGGAUCCCAGGUGAGUCUCUCCAACCGCGAUCGCCGACGUGGGAUCGCCGGCGACCGUGUAAGUAAGAAAAACUGGAGGGCGUACUAUUACGCCCUGCAGCGUUUAGAGCCGCUUAGAAUAAGGUGUACUAGUAUGCCCUCCGGUUUUAAGAGGUUUAAAAAACAGUGUUUACUGCAAACUGUCUGACGGGAAUGAUUUUACUCACCAGAACAAAUACAAUAAGCAGUAGUUGUUCUGGUGACUACAAGUAUUAUUGCUGUGGAGCUCUGUUAUACAAUCAGGCACACAAACUAAAUGAAGCUCCUAGAAAAGAGGGACAUUAGGAUGAAAAGAGGUACAGAGGGAUUAAGGCCCAAAAUAGGGACAUUUCCUCCUAAAUAGGUACGCUUGGGAAGUAUGGAUCACUGUUGCUGUUUUUACGUCUUCAUUUUUGAAGUGCCAGAAUGUUAAAAUAUUUACUUAGCUGCCUCUGCUAUGCUGUUAAAUUGUUGAUCAUGGUAGUGCUAAAGAGUUGUGAGAAGAAGGAGAGUUUAGAAUAGAAUAUUUAUUGAAAAUUCCAAUUCAUUUAAAAGAUACCAUAAGACAGUGAAGGUAUUAUGUUUAAACUCAUGGUAACAUCAUUGGCUUAGAACCAAAAAAAACAGAUUCAUAUCCCAGUCAGAUAUGGCCUGUAAGUGUCCCUUGGCUUGACACCUUAUGGUAUAUAUCUACCUACCUCAAAUUCUCAUAGAUUGAAAGCUUGUUUAGCAGUUGCCUCUUCUCCUCUUCUAUAAUUGUAAAGUGCUGCAAUUUGGAAGAACUAUACAAAUGCUAAUAAGAAUUACUUUCUUUUAUGUGGGAGCUGAUUUAAAGUGAUCAAAAGGCAAUCUCCAAUUAGUUUCCACCUGCCUUACUAUUUCCAAUCAUCUGUCAUUUACAAUGGCUGAUAAAAACAGGCAUUCUCUCAAAAUAGAUAUAUUCUCAAGUGAUGCACAUUUGAUGCACAAUGACCACCCAUGGGAGCUUCCAUAGACCCCUGUUAUGACGAUGUAGCGUCUGGUGGCACUGCAGAUGAGGUAGUUCAGAAGAUCAAAGGGACGCUAUAGUGCCAGGAAAACCAACUUGUUUUCCUGGCACUAGAGCUCCCAUCCCAUGGUGCAGAAGGGGUUAAAGCCCCCUUCUGUCACUUACCUUAGUCCAGCGCAGAUGUCCCUCGAUGCUGGCUCAGGUCCGCCUUCGCUCCUCUCCUACCAACUUCUGCUGGCGGGGAAGACCUAAUGAGCAAUUUGCGUCAAUGUCCAAGCUCACAGUAGGAUUUUCACAUUAUUAUAUAAUGCAUAGCGUGAGGACGUCCAGCAUCACUUAGGCAACCAAAAAUCACCUACACCACUUAACCCUGCAAGUUAACCAUGAAAGGUAAUUAUUGUAGUUUUUUUUUAAAAAUGGCAAAUAUUAUCUUUGCAAGGUUAAGAGUACCGGGACAGUGCACCCAGACCAUUUCAAAGAGCUGAUGUGGUCUGGGUGCCUAUAGUGUCCCUUUAAUGUACAUGGAGGAAAAGAUUUAGCUGAGUAUUUCUCCUUUCCCACUUUCCGUCCUGGCAGCAACAUACUAGUGGAUACAUCACCUUGUGGCUGAAAAAUUUACAGAUACAAGAAGUGACUACGUGAGUUUAAACACUUGGUGCUAACAUUUUAAAUAAGUCUUUCUAAACCUUUCAAAAAAAGAAAAAAAAUAGAUAAACUAGUCUCCUCUUUUGGGGACAAUUUUUUAUUUUUUUUUUAAAAGCAAGAUUAUAGCCAACAUGUUAAAAUCUUUACAAUAAAAGCAUGACUGAUCUGGUCCUGGCUGCCAAAACAAUCAUUGUAUGACAUUCACCAUUAGUCAGUUGAUUUAAUACAUCUGUCUACCUUGGAGAUGUACAAAAGGUUCUAUAUUAUUCCAUUAAGCCUUGGCAGAGCACAGCAUGGACCAUGAACUGGUUAAUCACCAAUCUUUUAAAAACGUUAAUUUAGUUUGAGACUAAGCCUGACACAAAAAUUAGGUGAAUGGUAUGAAUCAUAUUCCUCUAAGUUCAAUUUAAUAUUUGAAGCUUUUUUUUCUAAGUAAUUGCAAGGGCAACAUUUGUCUUAACAUGUAAUUCUAAUUUACCCCCUACAGCAAACAUUUUCACUUCUUUUCUUUCAUGUGCUGAGCGCUACAUCAUUAGCAGACUGUCUUUGCCACUUGAAAAAAAUAUAUUUUUUCUUGUGAUACACAGCCUCCUGGCUACAAUAGCAGAUCCACAUAUCAAUCCCUUCACAAUUUAACAAUAUAUUGUAUUUUUUAUUUAAAGCCUCACAAGCACGGAGGUAUGGCGAAGGGAAAUAAGCGUGGUUAGAAUAUCUAAAUUCAAUGUGAAUAUAACAAAAACACACAAACAACAAGCUAUGUCUGCCUUUUUAACAGCUCUGCUUGAAAUGAGCAUGUAAUUUCAAAUUCUGGCAUUGGGAUAAUUUGUUACAAGCUUGGCAAACUGCAGCUGGCAGAAAUCUUGAAUUCAUCUAUGUUGUCAGUGCGGAAUUGGAAGAAAAAUAUGCCGUCCAGUCACCAAGAAUAUAUUUUUAAUAAGCUGUUUGUUUGCAUUGAUAGAUGAUUACUCAGUAUCCACUAUUUCCCACAGUCCCUGCUACAAAGUUUGUGUGUUUGUUGCGCGCAUAAUAAAUAAAUAAUAAAAAAAUAUAUAUAUCAUCUCAAUGUAUCCUUCCGGGUAAAAUAUUUUAUAAAUACGUGUGUGUGUGUGUGUGUGUGUAUAUAUAUAUAGGUGUCCUGAGUAAAGUUCACAGUUGUGAACUGAAACGUUGACCACUUGGAUUAAAUGCCUAUUUUUUCACAUUGAAGUCCUUGAGUGCUGGCUUUCUUUUUGGAGACUGUAUUUGUGUGCAGCUGAGCACCGGGCCAAGAUUUGGAGGAGAGCUGGAGUGCAAAACUCCCAUUGUAUUGUGUGUAUGUGUGUGUAUAUAUAUAUAUAUAUAUAUAUAUACAUACAUAUAUAUAUAUAUAUAUAUACAUACAUACCAGUAUGUAGAAAUAUAGGCUGCACUCACGGACUUCAAAUAAAAAAAAAAAAAAAGUGCUUUAUUCCAUAAAACAAGAAAAUCGACAUUUCGGUCCACGCACGUACCUUUCUCAGGAUGAAGUGAUUCAUCCUCAGGAAGUUCCCUGCAUUGACCGAAACGUUGAUUUUCUUGUUUUAUGGAAUAAAGCACCUUUUUUUUUUAUUUUUAUUUUUUUUUUAUUUGAAGUCCGUGAGUGCAGCCUAUAUUUCUACAUACUGGUAUAUAUCAAGAUCCCUAAAAGGACUGGCACCAUGGCAUCAAGACAGUAGGACAUUCAAGCGUGAGUGCAAGGAUAUAUUUAUUGUGUGUGUAUAUGUUUAGCAAUUUGUAGUAGUCUACAUUCCAUCAGCAACAAUGGGUUAUGUAGCAGUUAAAAAAAUGUCUUUGAUAAGGUAGCAUUUUAUUGGUCUAAUGAUAUAACAACAUCCAAUUAUGUACCUUGUGUUUUGGAGUGUAUCUCCUAUGUCUUUGAAAAUUAACACUAUAGGCACCCAGACCACUUGAUCUCACUAAAGUGGUCUUGGUGUAGUGCCCUAUCCCCUUUACCCUGCAAGUGAAAACAUUGCAGAGUUAGAGAAAACUGCAAUGUUUGCAUUUCAGUGUGAGCCACUAGAGGCACAUCCUGCUCUUUAAAGGGACACUAUAGUUACCUGAACAACUUUAGCUUAAUGAAGCAGUUUUGGUGUAUAGAACAUGCCCUUGCAGCCUCACUGCUCAAUCCUCUGCCAUUUAGGAGUUAAAUCCCUUUGUUUAUGAACCCUAGUCACACCUCCCUCCAUGUGACUUGCACAGCCUUCCAUAAACACUUCCUGUAAAGAGAGCCCUAUUUAGGCUUUCUUUAUUGCAAGUUCUGUUUAAUUAAGAUUUUCUUAUCCCCUGCUAUGUUAAUAGCUUGCUAGACCCUGCAAGAGCCUCCUACAUGUGAUUAAAGUUCAAUUUAAAGAUUGAGAUACAAUUAUUUAAGGUAAAUUACAUCUGUUUGAAAGUGAAACCAGUUUUUUUUUUCAUGCAGGCUCGGUCAAUCAUAGCCAGGGGAGGUGUGGCUAGGGCUGCAUAAACAGAAACAAAGUGAUUUAACUCCUAAAUGACAGUGAAUUGAGCAGUGAAAUUGCAGGGGAAUGAUCUAUACACUUAAACUGCUUUAUUUAGCUAAAGUAAUUUAGGUGACUAUAGUGUUCCUUUAAUAGAGUUUAACUUGUGUUUUGCAUGAGGUCGUCCAGCUUCUUCUAAAUCCCCUUACAAAAGCAUUAAUUCAAGACUAUCCUAUGGGGAAGACCUUGCCACUCAUGUGCAUUAGGUUCUUCCUCGCAAUCGAAUUGGGGGAGACAGAACAAGCGCCAAGGGAUCUUGGUGCUGGAUUAAUAUAAGUCUUUGAAGGGUUAUUUAACCCUUUUGAGUGCCGCUGGGGGUGAGGUGGGAUUGGUCGCAGAGGGACACUAAAGUGUUAGGACUACAGUGUUGUAUUUCUAACCCUAGAGUGUGCCUUUAAAUGGAUCCAACAUAAUAGGUGCCAAGCUUCUCAGUGAUUUUUAGUCUCAUUUGGUUAAAAGUCAAUCAUUAGCCAAUACAAGCAGGCAUUUCAGCUGUCAUAUCUUUUUAUCUGUUGUCAUUUCUGAGUCAUACUUGUUACCAUUGACAAAGCAUUAUUUAUUGAGAUAGUGUAUUGCAUAUAUGUUGCUUGCUAUAUUACCUAAAGUAAGCAAGAAAUUAAAAAUAUUUUAUUCACAUAAAUUGAGCUUGCAUAGCUACAGUUUUAAAAGUACCAUUUUUUUUUGUUUUUAUUUUUUUGGGAAAACUACAAUUAUAUUAUAUAAAAAAAGCGAUAAUAUUCACAUAGCUCCUCUCUUACACUGCUAUUUAUAAGCAUGCUGUCCCCCUUAACCAUUCUUCUGUGCUUUUAAAGCACUGUUUGGAAACCUUUAGAAAUAUUUUUCAUUUAACUAACUCAAAUAAUUCCUAUAGAGGAGAUUAUAUAUGUAUGUAUGUGUAUAUGUGCAAUGUUGGAUACCAAGAUUGAUACAGGGACCUCAAGACUAUUGUAGAGCUUGAGCUAUGUGAAUAUUUUCUUCCGCUGAUCAGUUUAGGUUCUAAAUGGAGUAGGUGUGGGAGGGUAGUGAGCUAGAAGAGAUAUUAUUUAUUUAAUUAAGAACAUUUAAAUAUUAUUUUUAAACCAAUGUUUAUUAAAAACACUAACUGACAUUGACAAGUUAAUUGUUUUUUUUAUAGAUUCAAUUUCAGUCAAGGUUUAGUUUGUUCAAAGUUUGAGGUUAAAAAAGUCCACAAUAGAACACACAUGCUAAAAUGAAUAACAGUUGCACCCAUGUUUUUUAGUGCUAGUUAUCUAGUUAUUUUCGUGUGUAUUAUUAUUAUUAUUAUUAUUAUUAUUAUUAAACCACUGUGUUUUCUUUGUUUUCUUUUUCAGGUGAUUACGUGUUCUUUGCUCACCAUGGGAACAUACUUGACCACGCUGCUCUUAUUGCUGCUUCUGCAGCAUUUUGUGAAGUGUGA